AUGGAAGGUCCGAGCAACAUCCGCACGAAAGCCUACGUUGUACUGGGCAAAGGCAAUCCGUUUACUCUCUGUGAUGUAGUCUUGGACGAGGUACAACCAAACGAGGUUCUAGUGGAGAUCUGUUACACAGGCAUAUGCCAUACCGAUGUCAUUGUCCAGCAUGGUGGCAUGCCAUUGGGAGGCUACCCGGCUGUGCUCGGGCACGAGGGAGCAGGCGUUGUGAGGUGGACAGGCUCCGCAGUCAAAGAUAAAUCUUUGAAGCCAGGAGACAGUGUACUGCUUUCAUUCCACUCCUGUCGCCAAUGUAGGUUCUGUCUCGAAGGCCGGUGUGGCACAUGUCCACACAUGACGGAGACCAACUUUGUCCGCCUUGCCCGUCGAGACGCUGGAGCAAAAUCACCGAUAUCACUCCUAGACGGCACAAAGGUUCAUGGCCAGUUCUUUGGGCAGUCCUCUAUGAGCAAGCUGGCUGUCGUCACAGAGGCGAGCGUAGUCAAGGUUGAUGCGAAGCCAGAAGAGCUCCGCACAUUACCUCCAUUGGGGUGUGGCUACCUGACAGGUGCUGGAACUGUAUUCAACGUGGUCAAACCCCGGGUUCAAGACUCUGUAGCCGUCGUGGGCAUGGGAGCCGUUGGGAUAGCGGCGAUGCUAGCUGCAAAGUCCCUCGGGGUGCGACAAGUCAUUGCUAUCGAUGUCGUUGAAGCCAAGUUGAAGUUGGCAUCCUCUCUGGGGGCGACACAUAUUGUCAACUCGGCAUUAGAGUCAAAUUUACAGGCCGCGCUUCAUACCCUUAUCCCGGGUGGUCCAGACAAGAUCAUAGACACAACCGGUCUGGUUGGGGUGCUCGAAGCCUCAGUGAAAGCCCUUGCUCAUGGUGGCACACUAGCUCUAGUGGGAGUUCCGGCUCCAACUACAACCUUGCAAAUCAAUGCCCUGGAUUUGCUGCUGUCGUGUAAACGAGUGAUUGGUGUCAUUGAAGGAGCCGCUGAUCCGCAUAUUCUAAUUCCUAAGCUUCUAGAGCUCUACCGGGAUGGAAAAUUCCCCGUCGACUGCUUGGCAAGGAUCUAUGCCCCGGAGCAACUUGAUGAGGCGAUCAGGGACUUGGAAUCGGGACUCAUUGUGAAGCCAAUCUUGUCGCUGCUGGCAGACAAAGUGUCUGUAAUUACGGGAGCCUCCUCUGGCUUAGGGCAAUCCAUGGCAUUGGAGUUUGCCAAGCAGGGCGCUACUGUCGUCUGUGCCGACCAAACACCUGGCUCCAACGAUGAGAAUGACAUGCUGAAGCUCAUCCGGGAUUCAACAAGUCAAUUUGGACGAAUCGACAUAAUGGUUAACAAUGCUGGCAUUGCCCCGGAGGCCUCUGAGCCGCGACCCAUCUGGGGAACGUCACUGCAAACGUUUGAACGAACUUGGGGGGUCAACAUGCGCGGUGUCUUUCUUGGUUGCAAAUAUGCUGGUAUUCAGAUGAUGAGCCAGGAGAGAAAUCGCGGAGACAGUAGGGCUGGCACUAUUAUCAACAUCGGAUCAAUACUCGGCGUGUUGGGGAAAGCAGGCACGCCUGCAUAUUCCGCCACCAAGGGGGCCGUAAUCGCCUUUACACGAGCAGUAGCUAUGGACUAUGCCCCGCACGGUAUCCAUUGCAACUCAAUUCUCCCAGGAUUCACGCGAACCGCGAUGAUCUCAGCAAUGACGGACAAUAUCGAAAUCGAGCGAGAAAUGACACAACGACACCCUCUCAAGCGACUUGGAGAACCACAGGAUAUCGCAAGUGCUGCUGUUUUUCUGGCUAGCAGCAUGUCAGAUGGGAUCACUAGCUUGAACUUGUCUUUGGAUGGUGGAUUACAUGGUCAACUAAGCGUGUGA